AGAUCACUGUUAUGAAAAUCGCCCGCGAGUCGUGACGUGCGCACGGACUCUGUUUUUUUCGCCUCGAAAUCGCUACGUUCUCGCGUCUGGCUGGCCAACAAGAGUGUAUUUUCAAAGUGUGCUUCAAAGUAAACAAAAUACGCUGGCUAAAAACGUGUUUAAGAGGCAGAAAAUCUAACACAAUCUGAAAAUCUGAAACAAGCUGCCGCCACAAAAGUUUCUCAAACAAAUGAAUAAAGUGGAUGUUGCAUUUAUGUGGUUAUUUUGUGUCAGUGCCGUCGCCCUAUCAGUAAUCAGUGCCUAAGAAAAUAGCCGAGAAAACACACAGGAUAUACGAAUGCAAUGACCGAGGAUUGAGUUUCACCUGAUUUGUAUUGCCACCUUUCGUAUAUAAUUAUAAUCAACGUGAUCACGCGCUCACACCAGAAAACAAAAAAAAAAUAUAAUAAAAAACAAUAAAAGAAGCUAAGCGAGAGGAGACCACAGAGCAGAGAUCUGUAGAGAAGCGGAAGAAGAAGACCAGCGCCAGGAUCAAGUUUUUGGCGAAACCCAUAAUUUCGCUGCUCCAGCGCGUCGGCUCCACCAUCGUCAUCGUCUUGCUCGUAGUCUUCUUCUUCGCGGGCUCCACCGUGUCGCCGGCUUGACCGACGCCGCUGCCAUAAACAAACCCAUACUACCCAUACUCCGAAGCCCCGAAACCCAAACGAAUCCAGUUCUCCUGCAGCUUUUGUUUUGCUUUUGUUGCCUUGCUGCCUCGCGUUUAUUGUUUUGUUGCAAGAACGGCGAACGGCGAGAGGUGCGGAGACUGGCUGGUAGACUGUAGACUUGAGAAUCGAAGGGACUGGGAGAGAAGUGGCCCCAACACCCGGGAUCCCGUCCAACAAAAACAACCCAGAGGUAGAAGAGGAGAGAAAACGAAGAACGAUCGGUUGGGGCAACAACAACUAAGUUGCAUUGCAGCCGCCGUAUAAAAAUCAUCAAGAACUGUUGUUGCUGCGCCUUUGGCUAGCGUUCUUGUUGCUGUUGUAGCCAUCAGACAUGGCGCCGAAAUCCAGAAAGAAGAAGGCUCAUGCCCGCUCCCUGACCUGCUACUGCGAUGGCAGUUGUCCCGGCAACGUCAGCAAUGGAACCUGCGAAACCAGACCCGGCGGCAGCUGCUUCAGUGCCGUCCAAAGCUUCUACGAUGAAACCACAAACACCUACGAGGAGGAGCGCACAUACGGUUGCAUGCCACCCGAAGACAACGGCGGACUUCUAAUGUGCAAAGUGUCCGCCGUACCCCACCUGCAUGGCAAGAACAUAGUCUGCUGCGACAAGGAGGAUAUGUGCAACCGCGACCUGCAUCCCGUAUACACACCGAGGAUGACCACGCCGCCGCCAGAGCUGCCGGUGAGCAGCGAAUCCGUCCACACACUCGUCCUCUGCGGUUCCAUCGUUGUGUGCCUAUCGGUGCUGACGUUAAUCAUGGCCAGCCUGUGCAUCACCUACAAGCGGCGCGAGAAACGCAAGCAACCGCGUCUAAUCUCCUCCAUGUGCAACUCCCAGCUGUCACCGCUCUCCCAGCUCGUGGAGCAGAGCUCCGGUUCCGGAUCGGGACUGCCGCUCCUGGUGCAGCGAACCAUUGCCAAGCAGAUCCAGAUGGUGCGACUGGUGGGCAAAGGCCGCUACGGCGAGGUCUGGCUGGCCAAGUGGCGGGACGAGCGAGUGGCCGUCAAGACCUUCUUCACCACCGAGGAGGCCUCCUGGUUCCGCGAGACCGAGAUCUACCAGACCGUCCUCAUGCGCCACGACAACAUACUGGGCUUUAUUGCCGCCGACAUCAAGGGAAAUGGCAGCUGGACGCAGAUGUUGUUGAUAACUGACUACCAUGAGAUGGGAAGCCUACACGAUUACCUCUCCACGUCGGUGAUCAAUCCUCAGAAGCUGCAGCUGCUGGCCUACUCCCUGGCCUCCGGCUUGGCCCAUCUGCAUGAGGAGAUCUUUGGAACUCCGGGCAAACCAGCGAUUGCCCAUCGGGACAUCAAGAGCAAGAAUAUUCUGGUGAAGCGCAACGGCCAGUGCGCCAUUGCCGAUUUUGGACUGGCGGUGAAGUACAACUCGGAACUGGAUGUGAUCCAUAUUGCACAGAAUCCUCGUGUCGGAACACGCCGCUACAUGGCGCCAGAGGUUCUCAGCCAGCACCUGGAUCCCAAGCAGUUCGAGGAGUUCAAGCGGGCGGACAUGUACUCCGUGGGUCUGGUGCUGUGGGAGAUGGCCCGCCGCUGCUACACACCCAUUUCGGGAACCAAGACGACAACCUGCGAAGACUACGCCUUGCCGUACCACGACGUGGUGCCGUCGGAUCCCUCGUUCGAGGACAUGCACGCUGUGGUGUGCGUAAAGGGCUUCCGGCCGCCGAUACCGUCGCGCUGGCAGGAGGACGACGUCCUGGCCACCGUCUCCAAGAUCAUGGUGGAGUGUUGGCACCCGAAUCCCACCGUCCGCCUGACGGCCCUGCGCGUUAAGAAGACGCUGGGGCGACUGGAAACGGACUGCCUGAUCGACAUGCCCAUGAAGAUCAUCUAAGCAUACUAUCUGUAUCUGUAGCUAUAGUCCCGUUCUAGGUUUGACCUAUGUUGCAUUUAGUUUUCUGUUUUUCUUUCUGUUUUCGCUUCACCUUCUGUGAAGCCAGCCUCCUAGUUUGGUUCGUAAUCUUAAGUUAAUUAGCUGCCUGUACUUGGGCGGAGCAGAGCCGAGGAUCCCGAAGAGGUGCCUAUUUUACGAUUACUUUAAUCGCCGCACUGAUUGUAAGCUAGAUGUUAGAGUUACGGCUAGCACAUAAGACUAGUUAGGGCUAGACACUAAGGCCUCGUUGCAAACAUCUUUUGCAAAAUCUUUGGUUAGAAAAAUGCUUUAACUAUUUGAGAAAUACUUGAAGAAGAAGUACGUGUGUCUUUUGAAUGUACAUAAGUUUGCGGACUAAAAUCAAUCGGAAUCGAAAUUACCUUAUAGUAGGUGUAUACUAUA